AUGGAUCAUUCAGAUUACCUGUAUUCCUUCUCACACUUCUCCUCACAUCCUGCUCCUGGUCCAGCGGAGAAUGACGCAUGGGAAAAUGCCGAUAACACAUUCGAUGCCACUGACUUCAGUCACAGCCUUCAGAAUGAUUCAACGCUUGAUAUGAACCAGGUGAAUGACAUGUACUACCUGUCAUCUGAGUCUGCAAAUGAUGAGUGGCUAAGUUGGCUCAACGCCAAUGUCCCAGAGACGCCGCAACUGUUUCCGUUCCCUGCAAGGCAGGACCCUGGAGUAUUGCCAGCUGCUACUUCAACAAAGACUGAGGAUAUACGGUCGGAAAUGCAAACUCAGAAUGCUACUAUUGCCUCGCAAAGCUUGUCAAAUGUCACUCAGUGGCUAGAUGGUGCCUACUGCCCUCCACAGCCCUGCAGCUACUGCCGGAAACACCGGCUGCAGUGCCUCAUCAUCCGUACCACGCCAGCCAAUCCGAAUCCAGUAUCAUCUUGUUCCAGCUGUGUUGCUCUAUUUCGCGAGUGCAGCCUGGCUCGUGGAGAAAAGCGCCAACCAUCACGGUUCGAGACCCUGUCUCCCGUGAUGGGCCACCUGCAUGGUGUCACCGAGCUCGAGGAAGACGGGGGAGAUCAAGCAGAGACAUUGAUACCAGUCAUCAACUGCGCAGACAAGCAGAAGGAGUCAAAGCAGUUCGUCAGAAGAGGUGUCCGGAUAUUGAAGGAAUGGUUUCACGACCACCAUGAUUUCCCAUACCCCUCUGAAGAUGAGAAAGUGCGCUUAGUUCGCGAGACUGGAUUCUCAAGAAAGCGCCUGUCAACAUGGUUUGCCAAUGCACGCCGUCGCCAGAAGGAGAGAUUUGAAACUCCUCCAGCCGCUCAAAUCUGCCGGUCUGGAUCUCCGAUGCCCGCGAGCCGGCUGACCCUCAUGACACCGAUGGAGAGAUGGCAGAAUUCACCGCCAGAAGAUGAAGCAGUACCGGAAUCAGUCAUCAGGAAUGCCAUCUCUUCUAGUGAGGUAGCAUCUGCCUCAGAACACGAAGCCGCUGUCUUCGGUUCGUUCCUGAGUCUCGAGGAGACAUCGUCACAUCUCGGUUCGUCCGUCUCUAGUAUGGGAAGUAGACACUCAGAGAGCUCGACUGGAAGCAUUCCAUCCGCAUGGAGCCACCCGUCUGGAGAGAGCUCACUACCGUUUCCGCUUCAUCACCCACGUCCGCGGACCCGGCGAAGAACUCGGCCUAGAACCUCAAUGAACGAAGGGCAAUACCAAUGUACAUUCUGCACGCAGUCCUUCAAAAAGAAGCAUGAUUGGCUCCGACACGAGAGGAGCGUUCACCUCCAGCUCGACUCAUGGAUCUGCACCCCAGAUGUCAACGAACUCCGACCCGGCAACUUACCAUCGGAAUGUCGAUUCUGCAAUCAUGGUCCGCCAUCUAUCGAUCACUGGAACGACCACGAGUUCGAGAUAUGUGCGCAGAAGCCCGUGGCAGAUCGUUCAUUCAGCCGGAAGGAUUAUCUAUGGCAGCAUUUGCGCAAGUUCCAUGGAUGUACCAAAAUUCCCAUUGAGAAUCUAGAUCAGUGGCGUAGUGCAGGGAGUGCUGUCCGCAGUCGCUGUGGAUUCUGCAAUGCGUCAUUGCCCACCUGGACAGCGCGAGGAGAUCAUCUCGCCGAUCAUUUCAAGCAAGGGUACCGCAUGCAUCAGUGGGUUGGUGAUUGGGGCUUAGACCCGUAUAUGUUGGGUGCGCUGCAGAACGCUAUCUUGCCGUUUGAACGGACAAUAAAAGCUACCGCAGAGGAUUUCGACCCUGUCCGCUGA